CUAUUUCCAGACUAUAGUUCCUACUUUUAUAAACAACCGAUUCAUUUAGAAUAACUUCCGGUUUCUAGAGACGUAGAAUUAGAAGGUUGUUUUGAUUAGGAAAUAUCAUCAAGUAAGGUUAUUUAAUGAGUGGCACUAGCAUGCUGUUAUUCACAAGCGAGCGCGCUGCUCUCCCUCCAUUCCAAUGUUAAUCUACAUGGUUGUGUUUCGUCUGGAGAUCUCGGACGACUGCGAUUUUCCCCAGGCCUUUCAACACUACUGUGCCCCAGGCUAUAAGGAGAGGCAGGCCACUGAUGAGUCCAAGCUGAGCUAUGCCUCGGUGCUGUCCCCGACUACUGUAACAUCCUCCCCAGAAGAAGCCAGCAACUACAGAACACCAGAAUCUCUCCAGGCCCAGGUGUCAGAACAUCGAGGUCUCAGGCUCCUGGAUGAUAUAACCCUUGAGAGUUUUGAUUUCAAAGACAUACUUUUAUCCGUGGCAGACAUGGAGGUCAUGAAACAGAAAUCUGGCAAAGAAAAAGAGAAGACCCCAGAUGCAGUACAAAGUCCUGGACCAUCCAAAGGUCUGAUUGACAGCACCGAGACCCCAUUUAAGCCAGUACCCUCGAGUGAUGCCAAGCCUGUGUUUGAGAGGGCGGGAAGCGCGAGACCCAAGAGUCACAGUCCGACGUCCCACAUGCCCUCCGCCAUUCACUUCUUCAGCGGCAACCCAUGUGUGGAGAUCACUAAGGGCAUCCUGCACAUAUACAAGGACAGUGAGCGUACAUCCCUGGAUGAGGGUGUUGCUAGGAGUGAGAUGAUCUGCAUGCUGGGGGUCCCGGCCUCGCACACCAUACACGACCUGCUCAUGUUUGCCGCUCCCAUGAGCUCAUCAUCUACGAUAGAGUACAUGAGGAUCAUCCGAUGUUCAAUCCCAAACCAGUACAUGGUGUUGCUCAAGUUUACUGAUCAGAAAUCAGCUGACGAGUUUUACACCCACUUCAACAACCGUCCGUUCAACUCCAUCGAGACCGACAUCUGCCACCUGGUGUAUGUAGCGAAGGUGGAGAUUAUGAAGGAAUCAGAGGGUGCCACCCUUCCUGUGCCAGGUCUGCUGGAGCUGCCCACAUGUCCAGUCUGUCUGGAGAGAAUGGAUGAGUCGGUGGACGGGGUGCUGACCGUGCUGUGUAACCACUCCUUCCACACCUCCUGUCUGGCCAAGUGGGGAGACACAAGCUGCCCCGUGUGUCGGUACAGCCAGACACCAGAGGAGGUGGCAGACAACCACUGCAUGAAGUGUGGAUCCAAUGAGAGCCUGUGGAUCUGUCUCAUCUGCGGCCAUGUUGGAUGUGGGAGAUACGUCGGACUUCACGCCUACAGACAUUUCCAGGACACAAACCACACCUAUGCCAUGCAGAUUGGCAAUAACCGUGUGUGGGACUACGCCGGUGACAACUACGUCCACCGUCUCGUUCAGAACAAGUCUGAUGGCAAACUGGUUGAAGUAGAUGAAGGUGGAAAUGUUGUCCAGGACGAGAAACUCGACUCUCUUACACUCGAGUACACAUACCUUCUGACAACUCAACUGGAAUCUCAGAGACAAUACUUCGAGGAGAAGAUGGAGGAGACGAUCAAAGAAUCCGAGGAGAGGGUGCUGGAAGCCAAGGAUAGGUGGAAGAAGGUGAACUUGGAGCGGGAGAAACUGGAGAAACAACUCACAGACGUCAGCAAGGAGAGACAGAGUCUUGAUAAGAAGUGUUCUCAUUACCACGAGCGUCUGACUAAGUCGUUGUCGCAGCUGCAGGAGGAGCAGCAGAUGAACACGUGUCUGCGGGAGAACCAGCAGCUGUGGCAGAACAAAGUGACGGCCCUGGAGAACAAGCUGAAGGACAGCCUCGACAUCAAGGACAAGGAGGUGCGAGACCUGCAGGAUCAGCUGAGAGACAUCAUGUUCUACCUGGAGGCCCAGCAGAAGCUGUCCAACAACACUGAGAUCUCCCAGGAGGAGAUCCAGGAGGGGCAGGUCAUCGUGGGGGCCGCGGCAGCGCAGGCCUCGCCCACGGGGAAGAGGUCGCGGAAGAAGCAGAGGUAACAGACAAGGUCACCACCAAACAAGAGAUGCUGAUGCUGCUUCUAGAUGUGUGUCAUGUCCUAAUAAUGGCAUUUUUGUGUCGGCACUUGUGUCUCGAGAAAUCCUCUUUAAGAAAUAUGUCAUCAAAUUGCAUCUAGAUGUGUCUUCAGAAUCUGUUGUAGGACAGAUAUGUGUCUUCAGAAUCUGCUUCUAGCACAGAUGUGUGUUUUCAGACUGCUGUAGGAAGAGAUGCAUUUUUCAGAAUCUGCUGUAGGACAGAUGUGUGUCUUCUGAAUCUGCUAUUAGCACAGCUAUUUGUCUUCAGCAUCGUAUGUGUCUUGCAGAUAUCCUCUUCAAGGAGAAGUUUCAAAGUCUGUGAUAUUGAUUAUUCAACUGGCCAAAUAUUGAAGCCUGGAGAAAGCAAUGGUGCUGUUGUGUCCUGUAACAUGGGCCCUCAGUUAAGAGGUCUUUCCAAUGGAGGAAGCAAUGAUGCUUUUGUGUCCUGUAACAUUGGCCCUCAAUUUUGAGGUCUUUCCAAUGGAGGAAGCGAUGGUGCUGUUGUGCCCUGUAACAAGGGCCCUCAGUUUAGAGGUCUUUCCAAUGGAAGAAGCAAUGAUGCUUUUGUCUCCUGUAACAUUGGCCCUCAGUUUAGAGGUCUUUCCAAUGGAGGAAGCGAUGGUGCUGUUGUGCCGUGUAACAUGGGCCCUCAGUUUAGAGGUCUUUCCAAUGGAGGAAGCGAUGGUGCUGUUGUGUCCUGUAACAUGGGCCCUCAGUUUAGAGGUCUUUCCAGUGUACAUUUUUCUCUUUGUUGUCAAGUACACAUGGUGGGCUUACAUGUAAACCUAUUGUCAUGUCAGAACAGUGAUAUCCAUCAUUGACCUUUCACCUUUUUUUUAUUUCAUUGUGCACAAACAACUUCAGAAUGACUGCCUUGCCAAAAUGGGAUGGCAACAUUCUGAGUCAGACUUGAAAGGACUAGGACAUGAACAUGUGAUGAAAGGAAAUGUAUACCAAUUACUGGUAACAAUGUUAUGCCAUAUUUACCAAAAAAACCUUGUCAUUUUGUACUUCCAUUGAUACAUGUGAUAAAUAAUACAUGUUAACAGGGUAAAGACAUCAGUCUUGAAAAAAUAUGGUUAAGCCACUUUCAGUGUUUAUGCCUAAUGGGAUGUAUGGUGACCACAAGGGCUUGUCACAAAUAUUUCAGCAAAGGAACCAAUAUCUCUUGCACACACAAAAAAAGCUUUGUGUUUUGACUAAUAAUAGUUCUGUUAAACAAGGUUUAAGUAUGGAAGUUAUAGCAUUAACAUAGCUGGGUUCAGGUGUCUGAUUGUCAUGGCAACUGCAGUCAAAUCAUAAUGUGAGGGCAGCAGAAUCUGAUAAACUCUGAUCUCCCAUCGAGACAAUCUCAUUAAAAUCAGAUCUUAGUUCUCGCUAUCGCUAAACAAAGAUCUGAGGACAUCCCAUGAGGGGUCACGUCAGAACGACCUUUCAUCCAACCAAUCAGAGCAUC